AUGUCGAGCUCGGUAAAAACACGCGACUCUGCACUUAACGCCAUUAAGCAGUAUAUGGCUAAGAGUACGGACGAUGCUUUUACAAUGGAUGCAGAAAGCAUAAAAAGUUAUAUGCAACUGCUCAGUGAACAGUGGACUCGCUUUAAUAGCGCUCAAGAUGCGGUCGAAAUUUCGUGUGGAUGUGACAAUGUAGACAUUGAAGAAAGUGUGCGAACUCAAGCUGAGACGUGGUACUCUACGGCUUUAGCAAACUUCAAUCGCGUACAGAAGUGUCGUGCCGAAGCGCAACCCGCGUCCGUGACAACGCCUGUGUCUGCAGCAAUACGGCUGCCAAAGAUGGAGCUGCCUAACUUCUCUGGGGACUCCACGGAGUGGAUCGGUUUUUUUGACGCAUUUUCUACCUUGGUCGACUGUAAUGCCGCAUUGUCAAAUGGUCAAAAACUUCACUAUCUUCGUAGUUGUUUAAGGGGUGACGCGUUAAAAAUCAUAAGUGGGUUUAAGAUAUGUGAUGUUAACUAUGAAGAAGCUUGGGACCUACUAAAAUCGCGGUAUAAGGUCAUGCGCGUUAUAGUUGAAGGACAUUUUAGAGCUAUGGCUAACGUAAAGAGGGCAGCUAGUGAUACCGUCGACGCAAUUAAGGGAGUGAUCGACGCCUUCCAGCAACACAUACACGAGCUUAAGGCUUUGGGACGCCCAGUGGAAUUUUGGGACGAUUGGCUAGAGUACGAACUAGUCAAUAAAUUAGACUUCGAGACACGAAAGCAAUGGGAGCUAUCACUCGUUACUGAUGAGCCUCCGUCAUUCGAACAGCUGUCCACGUUUUUAGAAGUUAGAUGUCGUUCUCUAUCAAUGCUAUCACCGUCAACGGUAUUAGUGUCAGCUAAGGGUAAAACCGCGUCGGUGUGUAAGUCUACGAAAGUGUUUCACGCAGUGCAAGAUCAGAACAGCACGGGCUGUACAUUUUGUAACGGGCCACACAAAAUAUACAGUUGUGAAAAAUUUCGGGACCUUGACGCAAACGGUAAAUCGAAAUUUGUGAGAGAAUCGCGCGUGUGCAUGAACUGCUUGAGUUCAGGCCAUUAUAAGGCAAAGUGUAACAGCACAUCUGCAUGCAGGAUUUGCCAUCAACGCCAUCACACGCUGUUGCAUAAUACUGCCGCUACAACUAACGCUACAACCGUUGCUCAUUUCGUCAACAGCGCCUCUCUUAGGCCUUUCUCCCCUGCAGCAGACGUCAUGCAUCAAACGAACGCAACCGUUUCAUCCAAUAACGGUCCUUCCACAGACAUCGCUGCUGCCUGUACGUCUUCAUAUUUGAAUGCCAAUCCCAACCAGCCUCAUCCAAGAGAAAGGACUGUGCUGUUGGCAACCGCCUUGGUCAAGGUACGCGAUUGCUCUGGUCAUUGGCAACCCGCUCGCUUGCUGUUUGAUUCUGGUUCGCAUGCUUCCUUCGUAACCGAGUCAUGUGUACAACGCUUGGGAUUACCGCGAAGAGGGUCCGCAAUAUUGAUUUCUGGAAUUGGUUCCUCCCGAGGGAUACGCUCUAGAGGUGAAGUAUUACUUUCAUUAUCAUCUCAUUUUUCAGCCCAAUGCUUUACUGUUGACGCAUUGAUUCUGCCUAAAAUCACAAGUGAUUUGCCAACACAGCCCUUGAAGGUGUCGGCGUGGCCGCACAUACAAGAUCUACUUUUAGCCGAUCAGCACUUCAUGAAACCCAGGCGUAUCGAUAUCUUGGUUGGAAUGGGCGUCAUGGGACAGCUCCUCUGCUCGGAGAUUCGUAAGGGGCCACCCGGUACGCCCAUGAAUCAACGAACGGUUUUCGGUUGGACGCUGUUUGGAAAUGUCGAUGGAUCCAAAUCCACUUCGCUCGGCUUACAGUCUCUGCAUUGUGAAGUUCAUUUAGAUCGAGCGCUCACUAGACUUUGGGAGUUAGAAGAAGCACCGAAAAAGGCCCACCUCACCUACGAAGAACGCUAUUGUGAAGAGCUUUUCGAAAAAACGCACAGAAGGUCACCUGACGGGCGAUUUAUAGUAGAGCUGCCGCUGAAAUCUGACGUAGCCUUGGGAGCAUCACGAAGUUAUGCUGUUCGAAGUCUACUAAGCAUCGAAAAAAGACUUGCGCGAGAUGAGGACCUACGCCAACGCUGCAAUGAGUUCAUGCAAGAACUCCUCGACAUGAAGCACAUGGAACUUGCACCACCGUCAACGGAUCAAACGUUCUGUAUGCUGCAUCACCCCGUUGUAAAAGAGUCAAGCGUCACGACUAAAUUGAGAGUCGUGUUCAAUGCGUCCGCCAAAACCACCACCGGGAAUUCGUUGAACGAUGCAUUAUUUGUUGGUCCCCAAUUGCAACCGAUCUAUGCUUGGACUGACUCAACUAUUACAUUGGCAUGGCUUCAGGCGCAUCCUAGUAAGUGGAUAACCUUCGUUGCCAAUCGCGUUGCUGACAUCCAAGAAGUCUUACCGCUUGAAUGUUGGAAUCAUAUCCGCUCUGAACUAAAUCCAGCAGAUUGCGCUUCUAGAGGUGUAGCCCUGUCUGAACUACUGUAUCAAAAACUAUGGUGGUCUGGUCCUGAAUUCUUAAAAGGUCCUGACCAUUUCUGGAAGCUAUCACCUUCGCAACACACAACUCAGUUGGGCGUUCGUAGCAAGGUCGUCACCCACGCUACUAGCUCAGAUGACCACUGGCCGGUAUUUAUUCAUUUAUUCAGUCUACCAAUAAUCACCAAUAAACCACGAAUCAACGCUCCUAAACGGGUCGGUCCUCCCUGCUGUCAAGAGAUAUCCGAAGCUGAACUGCGCUUGAUAAGAAGAAAGCCGAUUCCGCUUCGGAGUAGUAUUUUGACAUUGCAGCCAUAUCUCGAUGGGAAAAACGUCUUGCGAGUAGGAGGUAGGAUCAAGAACGCUGAAAAAGCUGCUGAUGUAAGACAUCCGAUUAUCCUGCCAAAAAACUGCCCACUUGCGAAACUGCGAGUGGUUACGCUGAAAACACCGCAUGGCGAAUUAGUUCGGCCCAUAGUAAAGCUCUGCCCUUUACCAACGAAGGGAGACUUAUUUCACGAAGAAACUACUAAUUCAUCAUAA